UUACUUUAAAACUUAGCAAACGUCAAACUCGUUUAGAACUAUUAGAAAGCAGACAUCAGGCAGAAUACCAAAUGCAUGAAAGCGUUCUGGCGCUGCUGUCGUCAUUGAGGGGGAAAAAUUUUCGCGCUUUGAUGAAAACUUGUUGGCUAAAUUGCAGUUUAAUGUGCGUUAAAGAAUUAAAUUAAAGAUAAACGCCUUCAAGGAAGAUAAAAGCCUGAGAUGAUCUGAUAUUUCUUUCAUGUAACAGGAAGCUGUCUUAAUGGCGUUUGGUUUGACUCUUUGUCUUUUGGUAGUGGUCGUUAAAGGAUGUGUUGGCAACAACAAUACUACUGCGUGGAAUAAUAGUAGGACAUAUUCUUCAACAACAACUCUUCAUGGAUCAUCACGUACGGCUUCGGUUGCACUCGUCCCUCCAAGUACUUUGAUAAUCUUUAUGAAUACGUCAGCACUAUUAUUACCAACGACAACUUCCCUUUCCUCCCCAUAUAUCAAGCCUAAUCUCUCCGUGGUACCAUCUGUGGGGUCAUUCCUGACAUCAUCUGUGCGAUCAUAUGUGGUAUCAUCUGUGGUAUCGUCUGUGGUAUCAUCUGUGGUAUCAUCUGUGGUAUCAUCACCUGUAUUAUUGCCUAGGGGAUCGUCCAUGAUAUCCGCAUCUGCGCGAAUGUCUUCUUCCAAUAUCCAGAUGUCUAUUGACUCUGGCACAAUAAAAAGAUAUUUUGCGAAUGGAAGCACGAGCAUCCUAACUUUAACUCCAUCCACGUUUGACGGUUCAUCCGUGUGGGCGAAUUCCUCGUUUAGUUUGAAGGCGUCGUCAAGAACAUUGAUUGUUAAUCAUCGUGAAUCAUCAACUGUGCAACUUUCCUCCAGCAACGUUGUUCCACCGCAUGGACCAAAUAACAUAUUUAUGGUUGAAAUAGUAAUUCAAAAUAUGAACUUCAGCUCUGAACACCAAAACAAAAGCUCGUCUGGGUUUAAGAAUGCAUCUUCAAUCAUAAGCACUUCGAUUGAUUCAACAAUGAAAGACGACAUAAAUUACAAAGGAUGUAAAGUUGUUAAGAUAAGUCCGAGCAGCCGUAAAGUAACAAUGGAGAUUACCAUGGGACCGGCCUCAAGUAGUGACGCAGAGACGUCGUUGGCGAAGCUUAAAACUGCUGUAAAAACAGGACGCGUGGGCUCUUUAGAUGUCGAUCCCAAUCACUUCAAAGCAUGGACUAAAGAAAAUCCUACAGAAAAACGCGAACGUCUUCUACCUGGUCAGCUCGCAGGUGUUGCCCUGAUAUUAUUUAUCCUAGUAGUACUCCUCUUAAUCAUAUGCCUGGGGAAUUUUGCCGAUGAACCUACGUUUAAUGAGCGAGAGCUCUUCACGGAAGAGUUCAGUAUGGAGAAUGUAGAGAGUGUAAGGGAUAAUAGGGGACAGCAAGAGGAUGAAGAGUGGAAAUUUGAUCCCUUGUUUGCGUGGUCACCAAGGAAGUCAUUCGACUCUAAACUCUAGAAACGAUAAAUAGGUUGCUUUAGUUUAUAGUUUUUAUAAAAUGUAAUGAAAUUUCAAAUGAGGCGUAGCAAUGAUGUCAUAAUAAUAAAGUCGUGAUUGUAUUGUAACGUUAUAAGAGGACGGUUAUAUCAACCAGGUUAUGGUCUAGAUUUUGAUAGAGCAUUAGGGAACUAUGAAUUCCACGUAGGCACAUACUACAUAUAGGCCUAAUUUUUUUGGUUUAUAGCUUAUGUAUAGGGUUAAAUAUUCGUUAGCGUCGAGAGAGGAUGGGGAAUUGGCUUUUUUACUAGAGGAACUUUCAUAGGAGGCAGUGCCCUGCAGCCAAGAAAUUUUAAGAAAAUGUUUCCUCGACCAGUUUACUGAAAGAGAUUUGAGACUGUGGAAAUGCCAUUGGCGACUAUUUAAAAACUUUUUUCUUCGUGUUUCAUAAGGCUUCAAAUUAACGCCACAGUAACAUUUCAAGCACCGAACUGAAAUAUUUCUCUGCGACCUGCCCCACCUCUCGACGUACUGUAAAUAUUGGUAAUAAAUAUUGCCUUUUGCAGUUAUUGCACUAUUUGUCUUCGUUGAAUUUCUCAUAUGCCGCAAAUAAAAAGAGUUUUCACA